AUGGGGGUAAAAGAGAUGAAGGAGGUGUUGUAUGUCCAUCUCGAUAUCAGAUUCACACUGAAGUAUUUGGACAAAAUGAGAUGCUUACGAAAGCGAUCUGCUGUAUCGUUCCUAGGAGUGCUUGUCGUUUGCUUGUUGUUCAUGAACGUAUACAUCGAAGACAGCUAUGUCUUGGAUGGAAACAAACAGUUAAUCAGAGAAACAGCCACACAUCAAUUAAACUCAGAGCGAUAUGUUCACACUUUUAAAGAUCUGUCCAAUUUCUCAGGAUCAAUAAACGUUUCCUAUCGCUAUCUGGCUGGCACACCUUUGCUCAGAAAAAGGUAUCUUACCAUUGGACUGUCAUCUGUUAAAAGGAAGAAGGGGAAUUAUUUGCUUGAGACAAUCAAGUCCAUAUUUGAGCAGUCAAGUUAUGAGGAGCUGAAAGAAAUUGCAGUAGUAGUGCACCUGGCAGAGUUUGACUCAUCUUGGUGUGAUGGGAUGGUUCAAGAUAUUUCACAGAAAUUUGCCCAUCACAUAAUUGCUGGCAGAUUAAUUGUGAUUCAUACUCCUGAGGAAUACUAUCCUGUAUUGGAUGGCCUUAAGAGAAAUUACAAUGACCCAGAAGAUCGGGUGAAGUUCCGUUCCAAGCAAAAUGUAGAUUAUGCUUUCUUGCUUAACUUCUGUGCUAACCUUUCUGAUUAUUACAUGAUGUUAGAAGAUGAUGUUCGAUGUUCCAAAAACUUCUUGACUGUAGUUAAGAAAGUCAUAACUUCACGAGAAAGAACCUACUGGGUGACGUUAGAGUUUUCCAAGUUGGGAUACAUUGGGAAACUAUACCAUUCCCAUGAUCUCCCCCGCCUGGGCCAUUUCUUGCUGAUGUUCUACCAGGAAAUGCCUUGUGAUUGGCUGCUAAUACAUUUCCGGGGGCUAUUGGCUCAAAAGGAUGUGAUACGUUUCAAGCCUUCUCUCUUCCAGCAUAUGGGAUAUUAUUCAUCUUACAAAGGAGCAGAGAAUAAAUUAAAAGAUGAUGACUUUGAAGAGGAUUCAUUUGACAUCCCAGAUAACCCACCUGCCAACCUACACACCAACAUGAAUGUCUUUGAAAAUUAUGAAGCAAGCAAGGCUUACAGUAGUGUUGAUGAAUACUUCUGGGGAAAGGCACCCUCCACUGGAGAUUUCUAUGUAAUUGUCUUUGAAAAGCCAAUUAAAAUCAAUAGAAUUAAAGUUGUCACUGGAACAGAAGACCGACAAAAUGAUAUUUUGCAUCACGGAGCUCUAGAAGUUGGUGAAAAAAUUGUUGGUGGCAAAAAGGGGAGACAGUGUACCACUUACUUACGACUAGGGGAGUUUAAAAAUGGGAACUUGGAAAUUACAGAAGUAGAGCACAAAGUUCUUUUUGAUAUUCACUGUAUGAGAAUACUUAUUACUAAAAGCCAAAAGGAAUGGUUGAUCAUUAGGAGCAUUAGCAUAUGGACUUCACAGCCACCAAGUCAAUAA